UGCUUAAGCAUUAGGAAAUGUUGCAGGAGAAGGUGAAGAACCGAGACAAAUUCUGAUUUCUCAAGGGGCAUUACUUCCUCUUGCAAAAAUGAUGUUGCCAAAUAAAGUUUCAGUUAACGGGUGAACCAAGUUUCUCUGAAAUGGCGACAGCAUUGUCAGGGCCUCCUUAUAUCUUUGUUUCUACUCCAGCUUGUGUCCAAAGAUGUCUUUCAUCAGGUGUUCUUCAAGCAAAAUCCGUUCAUGAUUAUCUUUCAAUUAUUAUUCUUGAUAAGGCAGAUCUUAUUUUUACAUAUGGAUAUGAAAAGAAUCUCAAAGAUCUCAAAACUCACAUUCCUAAAAGAUGUCAAUGCCUUCUCAUGGCUGCUACCUCAAGCUUGAAGAAGCUUUAUCUACACAAUCCCUAUAUUCUUACUUUAGCAGAAGUUGGUGAUGGAAAGGACGAAAUUGUCCCCAAAAAUGUUCAGCAAUUUUGGUUUGGUAUAAAAUCUGCUGUGUUAAAUGCUGAAUUGCCUGUGAAUUGACGUCUACAUAUUCUUGAG